UGACGUAACAUCCAUUCAAUGGAUGGAUCAUCGGGUCCUUCGUCAUUUCUGCACGCACUCAACUUCAACCCUUACAAUCUUCCAGGCUGCACUACAAUACGAUUAUGCGUACGUUAUACUCGUAUAACAAUCAUUUCUAGGCAGAUUUGUUCAAUGCGAAUACUCUUAUUGUUUCGUUGCUUGUUCGACCAAUGGAGUCAAUCCCUACUAGGCUGACCUGGCCUGACUAGAGACUGUCCGCGUAUCACGUAUCGUCAUCCACCCUCGUUUUUCGCAUUCGCGAGUCGUAUCCUUUCUCGUUGUUCGCCAAGAGCUCGGUUCUAGGGUCGACGUUGACUGGCCUGACCUUCGUUUUGGAUCAUGAUCCUUGUACUGGAGCUUGCGCCUCUUUCGGAUGUUUCUUCAUUCAUCCAUCAUAUUGCUUUCCCUCUGUUCUAAGAUAACAACAUGGAGAGGAGACUGGCUUACAACAUCACAGCUUCAACUUGUCAACCACUGUGGACUUGCACCUUUUAAAAGUUGCCAUUCUCCAGAGCGCUCAUUGUUCGAAACAGGAUCAUGCCUACGCUGAGCAUAACCGCCAUAUACUUUUGCGCCCUGUGGAGAGAUUCCUCGCCCCCAAAUGAUCAGGCAAAGUUUUGAUGCCAUACUAAGUUAGCUGGGCAAGCAGAUUCCUGAAACGAUAUUUCAGAGGUUCUCAGAUGGCUGAUAAGAUGCCUCGUCUUACCACUAUGUUACAUUCGAACAGAGUCAAACUGAUCACUUCUCUAGAUUACACCUUUGAACCUUAUCUCACAGGAAACUCAAUAGCACUCCUCACAGUAUCGUGACCCAUGACUAUGUACUCUAGCUUUAAUACACAAAACUUUACUCUGAAGAGUUUUUCCCUUAAAUACUGGAUUUACCAGACUGCUCUCUUGUUUCCUCCUCGCUCCUUCAGUACCUUCUCAUCAUGGCUAAUCAAACACCCCAACAUCACAAAAUGAGACUUCGCAGCUCAGGCUGCCUCGGGUGGUUUGCCACAAGAGAUUCGCCUCAAUAUUCUAAACACGAUUGUCGAUCAGAGAAAUCCUCGCUGGUCUGCUUUGGCCUCGGUGUCUAAAGAGUGGCAAAGCGUUAUCGGAACGAGAAACAUGACCAAGCCGAGCCUCCGACCCUCGUGCCUGGAAGAUUUUGAGCAAGCACUGGUUCGACAGAGAGAUCUCGUGAGGCACAUCUAUCUCAAUGUAGAUCUGACCGAAUACGAGUGUUCGUCCUGUGAGAAUGAGUAUGAUAUCAACAUACCCAGGGAAAAUAACCGUCUUAUGGAUAAUGCGGUCUCCAAGCUUUUGAUGAUUCUCAGCACUUGGAACACGACACUCCCUUUGACCUUGUAACUCAACGCAUCGUCUGCUAGUGACUCGAAGCACUGGUUUAAGAACUUUCGUUUUAAUGACGAGCACAAUGCUCCUUAUGCCCAAGACCCAGUCAUCCCCAUGGAAGCAACGCAUAGUGACUGGCACGACCCUAAACACGGUUGGGAGAAUGGUGUCCAGACAAAGCUUCCACCUUCCACAGCAAAUGAGCGGCUGUUCGGACCUAUCGACAUGCAGUAUGUUCCCAAUUCCAACUGGCGACGAAUUCCCGAGGUCAGCGCAGUCACCCGUUUCAUGAUCCGUCGGCAAUUCCGUCAUUAUUUUGAGCCUUGGGAACUCGAAUAUAUUCUGUCUAGAUUCAGCCGCCUGACGGAUUUCAUCUACGAACCAUGGCCUUUUGAAUAUACAAGUAUCUAUCUGGGUCCAUGGGAGAGGGCUUUGAUUCCCACAGGCAUGCCAGAGACUCUCAAAAGACUGACUAUAUUUCAGGAUUCCAAACAAUACCUCACAGAGCGCGCCCUUCAAGAUAGAAAUUACGUCAGCAUUUCUCCGGAAUAUAUGUCGGAGUUCGAUUUCGUCGACAUCACCAAGAGCACCGCUCAGACAAGUCUGACCCUCGAUGAACUCUCUGUCUCAUUCUAUGUCGAUGCUAUGAACUUCUUCGAGGCAUGCGAGGAAGAAUGGACAUGGGAUCACCUGAAAUCUCUCUCCCUGACAUCAAGUCUUCUCUUUCGGAGUAUAAAGGGACAGGACCAGCGCAUUGAUAGCCUUCUUCUCACCGCAGCAAAGUUCUUACUGCGAAUGCCGAACCUAACCACCAUGGUCCUCUGGAAUGGAGGGACAGGGGAGGCUUGUGGAUUCAUCUACACCAGGACAAAGCACUACGCCCAUAUCACCUGGCAAGGAACCUGGGACCUUGAAAUGAGUCGACAGGUCCUGGAGGCAUGGGAGGAUGUUGCUAAGCUCCAUUUGGUGGAGCUUAGAGUCAGGCACGAGUGUCUUAAAGAGACCAUUAGAUCUCAUGGAGACGCCAUUUUUCAUCUGAACUUGCCUUGCCAGGUUAUUGAGCCUACAUCGUUCUGGCAAAUCCGGAUGGAGGACGCGCAGGGACUUUAAAAUAUGCCCCAAGUGCUUGAGAAUAGAAAGUUGCUCUCUAUUUCGAUGGUGCGGUUACGUUGGAGGAGAUGCCUUUCCUCAAGGUGCAAGAAAACAUCUGGCACCUUGAAUCAAGGCAAUAUAAAGGUCUACUCAAUUUGCUUGAAUAUUUUUGUCAUUGGGAUAGGCGUCCAAAAUUUCUAUCUCGUCUAGCCAGUGUUACGGCAUAUUUAGAACUUUUGGCUGUAUCACAGCAUCAAGAUGUGGUGUUCCAAAUCAUCAAUUCAACUACUUUCAUAAGCCCUUUCUUUCAUCCCUCAACUGUUCGUUCUUGUUCCAUCACUAUAGCAAAAUAUCUCCCUCCGUCUUCAUAUCAAGAAUAUCCCUUCCCCUAUUUCCGUCCGCUUCGUAAACACAAUUCGCGGAUCCCAUUUCCCUUGCCCUUCGAGCUCACUUCGAGCUCAGAGCCGCCAAAGCUUGAUAAUGUUUCUGGAACUCAAUCAUCUUAUUGAUCACCUCUUCGUUCUUUUGUGAAUCCAUGAACUUUUGCAACGAUCGCAGCGCCAUAUCGGCGCACUGUCGACGCUCGAUUUCAUUGGACGCCUUCUCCCCUUUCCAGACUGACCUUUCGAAAGAGGCUAUAGAGAGCGGUUGGAUUUCUUUGUAUGCCGUAGCCUGCUCGGGCGACGCCUGGACGGAGUUCAAGAGAUGCAUGGAGUUUCUAGAGCCCAAGGCUUCCCAGCGCUUGAUAACGUCCCGGUCUUUGGUGAAAUUUUCGAUGGCCUACAUCAAAUAUCUGUUCAUGAUAGGGGCGUUGAUUUGAAUACGCGGAUCGGAUAGCCUUUGCUGGAUUAUAUUCCAUGUGAUAUGGGACUGCUGGGGGCGGUCUCUGAGAACGUUCAAGACUUUGCUGAUGGUGAUCAGCGAAUUCCUAGGGUCUCUCAUUGCUUCUUUCUGGAUCAUAUCUAGUCUUUCUUUAUCGAUCUCCUGCGUCAGGAGCUCAGGGGGCAUCCCGUGAAAAAUGGGAGCCCGUCAAGUCCCUCGCGGAGUUUGACCCUUCCUAGGAGGCCCAGGUACUUGAUCCAGGCCAGGCGACACUCCUUCUUAUACAGAAAGUAGGCGCUCUGUUUCGAUGUCUGUUCUCGAGGGACAGUAGCUAGUGGUAGAGGUUGUUCUCUUUUCAUCACAGGAGGCGGUAUGCCUGCUAGUCUAUUUGUUAGUUUGUAUAAAGGAGAAAGUACUUGACUUACCUGUCAGUGGCGAGGCGCCAGUCAAGUCAAUUGCUUCAGGAGUCAUAGCAAGCUUUGAUUCGAUGGCUUCCAGAAGAGGCUUAUGGUUUUGGGGUUGGUAUUACUUAUUGGGGCGUUGAGAUGUGUUGUUGAGAUAAUGUAAGGUAUAGAGGAAAGAAAUAGGAAGAAGUGGAAAAAGCGAAUGAACACAGGC